AUGGACAUGUCCCUGGAGGCGCAGGAGUUCAAGCAGGUGGUGGACGAGAUCAUCCCGCUCAUCGGCGCGCCCAACGUGUGGGACUACCUGCCGGUGAUGCGGUGGCUCGACGUGUCCGGCGUGAGGAGCAGGAUCCUGGCCACGGUGAGCAGGAGGGACGCCUUCCUCCACCGGCUCAUCGACGCCGAGCGGCGGAGGAUGGACGAGGGCGGCGCCGGCGACGAGGGCGAGAAGAAGAGCAUGAUCGCCGUGCUCCUCACUCUGCAGAAGACGGAGCCGGAGCUGUACACUGAUCAGAUGAUCAUCGCUCUGUGUGCGGUAAGUCACUUUUCCACUUGGUUGCUUCUCACAUACCCGAGUACUUCAACUGUCAGUUUCUUCAUUAAGGACAUUGGCAAUUUGGCAUCAUCAGUAGAUAGUGGUCAUCAGAUAGCAACAACUCGACCUGACGCCGACGACGUGCCCCGCCUCAGCUACCUCCAGUGCAUCAUCAACGAGACGCUACGCCUGUACCCGGCGGCGCCGCUGCUGCUGCCGCACGAGUCCUCCGCCGACUGCAAGGUCGGCGGCUACGACGUGCGGAGCGGCACCAUGCUGAUCGUGAACGCGUACGCCCUCCACAUGGACCCGGCUGUGUGGGAGGACCCGACGGCGUUCCGCCCGGAGCGGUUCGAGGACGGCAAGGGCGACGGGCUGCUGCUGAUGCCGUUCGGGAUGGGGCGGCGGAGGUGCCCCGGCGAGGCGCUGGCGCUGCAGACGGUCGGGGUGGUUCUCGGGACGCUGGUGCAGUGUUUCGACUGGGACCGGGUGGACGGCGUGGAGGUGGACAUGACGGAGGGGGUGGGGAUCACCAUGCCCAAGGCCGUGGCUUUGGAGGCCGUGUGUAGGCCGCGCGCGGCCAUGCGCGAUGUUCUUCAGAAGCUCUGAAGGAUCGAACUUCUUGGCAUCUCAUAUGUACAGUAGUUUCCAGUAGCAUUGGCCCAUAUGUACAGUAGUUUCCAGUAGAAGUGGGGGUGAC